AUGGAAAAGGUGAAAGAAAUGGAAGGACUUAAGAAGGAGGCCGAAGAGAAGAACAAGGAGCUAGAGUUUGAAAUCAAGGAGCUUAAUGGGAAGGUACUUCAAAUGAAGGAGCAAAGCGAUCUAAUCGAGAAGACGUUUACAGAGGCGCUUGCAAGAAAGAAAGGGAUGGAGGCGCUCAAAGAGAGAGCAACUGAAACGAAAGAAAUACGGGACCAACUCGACGCGAAGGCCGCAGAAGCGGAGACGAUGGCGAAAGAGAAGAAGGAGCUGAAAGGGAAAGUCGCUGAGAUGAAGAAACUGAAGGAGGUACUCGAAGGGAAAGUGACAGAAGCGGAGACAAGAGAGAAGGGGGUGGAGGAUGAGCUUGAGGCGAUGAAAGCUGCUCUGAACACUGCUGCCGUUGAUUGUGGUCUGCUGACAAAGGUUGGGGAUACACUCACGAUCACAGACUUGUGCCAGUCGCUUGAUGACAUGAGCCAACUCAAUGCACAUAUGAAACUCGAGAUAAACGACUUGGAAAAGGCUAAAGCCAAUCUUGAAGAAAUGUUGAAGGCGAGUGAUCCCUUUCUCGAGAGCGGUGAUUCGGGUGACGAUAGGAGUAUGGGAGAGCGUGAAAGGACUGAACUGAAGGAGACUGUUAAAGAUCUUCGUUUCCAGACAUAUAAACAAGAACAUCUACUCAAGAAACUCAGAUACCAACUCUCCGAAUUUCACGAGUUCAUGUUAGAGAAAAGGGACACUAUGUUUGCCGACAUGCCUUAUGUCGACCGAGCCGUGGUCAUGCGAAUCUACUCCGAUGUCAAGCUGAAGGCCAUCGACAUCGCUGACCUUUCCUUCUUACCUGACGCCCAGGUAGAUGAUGACGAGGAUCAGAUCGGGAAGGGUGCGUUCGGGAAGGUGUUCCUUAGGCAGUACAAAGGCGAGGCCGUCGCCGUCAAGGUACCGUACGUAAGCGUACGGGUGAAAGAGGAGGAUUCCGAGAAACGGAUGAUUCGCAUCAAGGCCAACCAUGCUCGUACGACCAUGGAAGCCUUUGUCCACCUCACACUCGCCGACCAUCCUUCUUUCCCGAAGGUAAUCGGCGUCGUUGACAUCGACGGUGCUCCUUCCCUCGUCCUCGAGUUCCUUGGCGACAAGGAAACCGGUGCGGUCUUCUCCCUCAGCCAGGCCAUAAAACACCCUAGUCAGUCACUCACCCAGAGAGAUUGGUUCGGCAUCAUCACAGACAUCGUCAACGGAAUACAGGUCCUGCAUGCUAAAGGUCUCCUGCAUAACGACCUGAAACCCAACAACGUUCUCUUGCAGUGGAACUACAGCGAUAAGAGAUGGCACGCUUUCAUCAUCGACAUGGGCAAAGUGUCCACCCAGACAAUACCCCUCAAGCACCGCCACAUGCCUGACGCUGAUCGAGAGGAGUACAAUGAUGGCACCCUGUACCAACAUCUGGCUCCAGAAUACAUGUUAGACCAACAACCAAUGUCUGUUCAAACUGACAUCUUCUCCGUGGGCAAGAUGCUGGGUCGGAUCGAGGGCAGGGUGGUGAAGAGCCGAAUCCUGAGAGAGCUGGUGGCUGAGAUGACCAACAUCAAACCUCGUCUUCGUCCAUCCUGGAAACACAUUGAGAAGGCCGUCGCAAAAGCCCAGAAGAAGAGCCUGUCAUGAUCCCGUGCUCUGAUAUAUUGAUGACAUUGUAUUUGUAGCGUAAGGUAGAUAAGAUAUAUUAAUCAUUAUCUGAUCACCAGCUGACAUUUUAUAUGAUAUUUUACAUACUGAUGCUUUCGAGAGGAAAUUUUUGCCGAUGAAAAAUAUUCAGGCCUUCACAUCUCAAUUUCAGAAAUUAAGCAUAAAAAUGAAGUUGUCUUUUACCGAGGCAUUUCAGAGCAGGUUGACACCAACACUUUCAAAGGCCACUGUUCACAGUGUUUAAGUAAUUGAUGAAAGAGAAAUGUAGAAAUGAUUAUCAAAAAGAUUUCGAAUGAAAUUAACUUGUACGGUGCUAUGAAAAAGAAAAUAGGGAAAGCGUCGAAUCGAAUGGUAGAUACAAAAUGAAUAAUGCUACAUUAGGAAACAACAAGUCCAAAAUGUAAACAAGACAAAACUGGUAAUAUAUUUGAUUAUCCGUUUAAUGACAAAAAGGUCAAAAUAUUAGCCAAUAUAAUACCGAACCAAAACAAAAAGUGUUCCCCAGGACGAGAUCGAAGGAAAAAUUGCCGAUGAUAGGGCAAGAAGAAUAUUGAUCAGCUAUUUUUUUAAAGCUAUUUCGACUGAUUUAUUUGAUAUGUCAAUAUUAUGUAUUUGAUGUAGGCCGAUUUUGUGUGACGAAAUGUUAUUUACAUAUCAUGUUUAGUUUAUAUUUGGAAUGAUAUUAGAAAUGACUUAAGAAAGUUGACAGAACAGAGCAAUGGCCAGAGAAUGAAUGAUAAAGAUAGUAGGAAGCUAAAAGAAAAGUUUGAAAAGCGUCUGAUCACACCAAUUAUUGAGUGAUUUUAUCAAGUCCUUUAGUACUGUAGGAAGCCACGCCUCAAGCCACUUGACUGUCAGGUCCUCACAGACAUCCAGACAUGCUUACAAAGUCCCAGAAUUUCCUUGACUGGUUAGAAUUCAACAUCUUUCUUCGUCUUGGAAAUGGAAGUCGUUUGGAGUGUUUUCUGCGAUUAAGUCUGUUUGUGAUCCUGAUUGGAAGGUUUGCUUUGGGUAGUGGAUUUCAGGCGGGAAGGGAGUUGGUAGGUCACGUGACAGACGGUUCUGACCUCAAAGGUCGACACAGGUCCCUUUGCGUCAGAACACGAUUGGAAAGACGAAAGUUAAGAUAGGCUGGAGCUAACGUGACUGAAAAGCUCAAGGAAAUGUUUUAAGAAAAGCUUUUAAAGAAUGUAUGA